GGAGCGUCCACUCCAGCGGCGACCCACCGCCGCCGCAAGAACUCCUCGUCCGUCUUCGCCGUAGCCCUCCCCCGCUUCACCGGCCUUGGAUUGGCGUGGGGCGGGGAUCCGUCCCGAUUUGUUGUGUAUGCAAUGUCUAGAAGUGUUGGAGUGGCUGAAUAUCAAGAACUGGAUGUUUCUACUAUGGAUCCCAUCAGCCACCAGCCUGCCUUCAGAGGCUUGAAACUGUAUGUGAAAGAUCUUGAUUCGAACACACUCCCUCCAUUUCUUGCCCGUGUGUGCUCCCCUGACAAGCCAACCUCAUACUCUGAGGAGGAGAUCCUAUGCAUUUUUGAGACUGCCGCAGAAGUUCAUGGCCGCAACAUUGUACCACACAUUGGACAGAUUAUUUCAGCAAUCAUCAGGAUUAUGUCAUCAGGGUGUUUGCAUAGUGCUGGUUGCUCCAAGGUGGUUUGCACAUUAUCCCGCUAUGGCAUUGAUCCUCUGGGUAGGGAAGAAGAGAAAGCUGAGAUCAUUAGCUCCCUUUGCUAUUCCUUAUCAGAUUGCUUGAUGAACACCAACAAGAGCAUCUCUUCUGGUUCUGCUCUUUGUAUCACUGCUCUUGUCCAGUCCAACAAUUGGCAAUUCGCAUCCAAUGAGUUGGUCAAUGGUGUCUGCUUGAAGGUCUCGGGGGCUGUAGAGGAGGUUCACUGUCACACUGUUGUGCACUUAAGCUUGGUGGUUGCUCUGUCAAAAUAUAAUCCUUUGACACUUGAGCCUUAUGGGCGAUCAUUGAUAAGAUCAGGUUUGCAGAUAUUGGAUCAUAGCACUAAGGCUAGCAAUUCUCGGAUGAUUAUGUCAUCCAUUCAAAUGAUACAUUCCAUCAUGAAAACGUUGGAUGUGAGGAUGAUAUCUUCUGAGAUCAGCAGCAUUAUCCAAGCUUUGGAGCAAUGCCAAGGUGGCUAUAUUCCAGAUAUCUGCACUGCAGCUUCUCAGGCGGCUGAGACUGCUAAGCUACUUGAGAGGCAGGAGGAAUGUGGAGACCACAAAAAAUUUAGUCCGUUGGUAAACUGUAGUGGGAGGCAUAGCAGGAAUGGGUCAAAUUCUCCACUUGAUGAUGUGGAUAUUAGAGACAGUGGUUCUAGUGAGUCUCCUUGUGAGGUGCAAUCUGUUCGUUCGUUUAAUGACUUAGAUUCUCAGCUGCCAGUUGGACAGUGUGAUGAUAUUCUUGGAAGUACACGUGCAAGGCGGCGCCUUUGGAGUAGUGGAUCUCACUUUUCACAUGGAAUGUCCAAUGAUGAGUUUUUCCACAUUUCAGCACCUGAUUGUUGUGAUACUAUGGGUAUAAUAGGACAAUCUAAUUCUGCUGGUCUUGUUAAGGCAAGUAGGAGGUGCUCAGAUGUGUUGACAGGAGUUGAUGACCAAUGCCCUACUUGUUUAACACCUCGAGCUACUAAUCAGGUGUACAGGCGUCAAGCUUUGUCGACUCCAAGGAGGCAGGUCUACUCUUUCACCUCUUGCAGUGAUUCAGAAAGAGAGAGCCACCGCUUACCUAAAAGUCUAGCUUUUAGGCAGAUACAGUACCCAGAUCAUCUUUUGUUUCAAAAGGAUGGUGAUCUUGAAGAAAGGAUAGGCUGCUGCAAGUCAAUUCAACAGAGCAAUCAAUGCCAUGCACAAAGUUCUGACUUGCUGACCGAAGACCUGAAGUUCCCAACCAACAGCAGGCGUUCUGAUAGUGCACGGACUUCAUGUGAAGAACGCCACGCUGCUGCUGCUGAGUAUCAAAAGAUGUGUGGAAUGAAGAAAAGAGAAACAAACUGUCUUAGCGGUCGAUUAAUUGCUUAUGUCUGGGCUGUGUUAAUCGUUGCUUUGUUGUUAGCUUGGUGGAAGCAGCAUCCUAGUAAUGAGCUCUAUUUUGUACCUACAUAGCAUCUGUCUAUGUGUAAGAAGUUCUUUUCGUUUCUGUGGCAUUGUACCUGGUGCAUCAAGCCACUGGCUUUCAGGAGUUGUAUGAUGUCGUACCAUAUACAGAUCUGUCAGUAUACAUGAGAAUGCUGUAGAUUGGUCCUUAGGUGGAAAUGAAUCAACUGUUUCAAAGCUGUGGAAAUUGGUUGAAGUUCUGUUGGUGUG